AUGGUUGAGAAAGGCAUGCGCACGUCAAGCCUUCCUACGACCUUCCGCGAGGCAGUUUACGUUGCGCGCGGCAUGGGAUUCUCGCACAUCUGGAUCGAUUCACUAUGCAUCAUCCAAGACGACAAAGAGGACUGGAAGGCUGAAGCAAGACGAAUGGCUAUCAUCUACGACAAUGCAACCUGUACGAUUGUUGCGAUGGAUGGCAUUGAUAGUGAGGCCGGUCUCAGCAUACAGAACUCGGAGCUCAAGAGCGCUGGUGUUUUGGACUCUCGGGCUUGGGUAUGUCAAGAGCGGAUGAUCUCACCCCGAUCUCUUAUAUUCUCUGAGGACUCUCUUUCAUGGGAAUGCCGCGAAUGCGAUGCUUCCUUUGCGGAACCCAGCUUGGUGGCUCGACGAGCACCAGGUACGAACGAAACUCAGACCCACCCCAAGGAUAUUUUUGCCUUCUUCAGAGACUUCCGUUUGCCGCGUCUUAUCCCCAAGGAAGAGAACGAACGGGAUGAUGUGGAAGAAGAAGAGAGUGAAGAAGACCCGGACGAAGAUGAUGAGCUUGAGGGAGCGAACCACGAGGGAGAUGAUAUGGACGUUGACAGUAGCGAAGAUGCUGUUGAAGACGAUGACCACGAAGGCAGCAAUGAAGAAGUUGAGGAUUCAUCUGACGACGAAACCCACGGAAUGGGAAUCACCACAACUCACUUCGCGGAUGACGGUCAGAAUCACCACGGCUCUGGGCUCGACGACGAAGCCUACGACAGUGACGGCUAUCCAGCGUACCGAGGAGGUCUGCCGGGGCAUGCUGCGAAUCUUUCGGUUUUUCUCGAAGGCAAGGGGCCAUCCAAGCUCUAUCGCGUGCACCCCGACGGCCCAAACGACGAUGGAACCGAUCCAUUUGGAGAUUACAUGGUAGUGGCAACUGAUCUCAGCCGACCUCGAGACGUGUAUUAUCCUUUUCUCAAGACAUGGUGGCAGUUUCUUUCCAACUACUCCUCGUUAUCUCUAAGCUACAGCUCGGACAAGUUCCUCGCUAUCAACGGCAUCACCACCGUGGCCCAAAGAUGGACACAUCUCCGGUCAUCCUUUGGUCUCUUCUACCACUUUUUCGAGACAGAGAUGCUAUGGUAUUUGGAUCCGGAGGGUUCGUCGGGGGAGCGACAGAAUCCUUGGCUGGUACCGACGUGGUCGUAG